AUGAGAUGGAUCAUAAAGGAUAUUAUGGAGCACUGCAUGAAGCCGGACAAGGAUGGAAAGAGGAAUAAACUCUUGCGCUCUGAAGAGAUACCAGCCUCCGCUUGGCCUGAGCUUACACCUACCAAUUACAUCAAGGAUUUCAAGAAGUCAUGGACGAAGCUUACCCCUGAGGAGAAAGCUCUUUAUGACCAAGAUGAACUUGAUUUUCUUGUGUUGUUAAGCAUGGACCCAAACCAUGUGUACACUGGUGUAGAGAUCCAGGGUACCCUCGACUCAGCGAUUGCAGAGCGUGGAUUACGCCUCGUUAUUGCUCGACGCUCCGGCCAGUUUAAGGCAGGGGUUAAGGUCUCCCCCCACACUAAAUACAAUGCCCUUCUUGACCAUAACGAAGACAGUGAGGAGCCCUUCUUGUCCCCAGUGUUUUCAACAACUCAUGAUAUUGGAAGGAGCUUGGCUCUGAGGCGCUUUGUGUGGAUGCUAGCACCAAUCUCUGAGGUUGUGAGCAAGAUCGCUACCACCCACCUUAAUGCUAGCUCUGUUCCAAUGGCUACAGACUCUCCCAUACAUGUACAGAAGAUUGUACUGCCAGACACUGCUCCUACUGUCAAGUCCUACGGUAUUAGGAUGUCGAAUGUAGUAGACCCAGUCAAAAGACAUGAUCCGGUUCUUAAUGAGGUUCUGAUGGAUACGACUCCUGCCAUACCAUUGAGUCCUUCUCUUUCGACUGCUCAUUCUGAAUAA